AUGUCCAGCUCUCUCGUACAAUCUCUCCUCGGAGCGGUUUUUCCAACCUCCGAUCUUGAGGCUAUUGAUUCACCAAUCAAGCCUUUCUCUCACAUCACCGUCAAACCUGAUCUAAUUCCAGGUUAUAGAGACUCAUAUGUCGCAUUGGCUGCUCCAGUUAUUGCAUAUUGGACUUAUUCCAUUUUCUUUCAUAUUGUUGAUGAAUACAAACUACUUGAAAAAUACAGAAUCCAUCCUUCCGAAGAACAACUCUCCAAAAAUAGAGUCACCCAGGCCGUCGUUCUAAGGGAUGUGUUAUUUCAACAUUUUAUUCAAUCUUUAACUGGUUACUACGUUGCUAAAUUCGACCCUAUCUUCACAACCGGUUACGAAAACGCUUAUCUUUGGCAAAUCAGGCAAUCGCUUCCCGGAUUUAUUCCAACGGUACUAAUUUAUGCUGGUUACUGGUACUUUUCCUCGCUAGCUAAAAUCGUGGUUGCAUUCGUCAUUAUCGAUACAUGGCAAUUCUUCCUACAUAAAACAAUGCAUGAAAAUAAAUGGCUUUAUAGACAUUUCCAUGCUCGUCACCAUCAACUCUAUGUCCCUUAUGCAUUUGGCGCAUUGUUCAAUAACCCAGUGGAAGGCUUCUUACUCGAUACUUGCGGUACCGGUUUGGCUGCAAUCUCUUUGGGGCUAUCUCCAAGAGAAACCAUUUUCCUUUACACCUUCUCAACCUUAAAAACCGUCGAUGAUCAUUGUGGCUACCAAUUACCUUGGGAUCUCUUCCAGUAUGUUUUCCCAAACAACUCCAUUUAUCAUGACAUCCAUCAUCAAAUGUUUGGAAUCAAAUAUAACUUCUCCCAACCUUUCUUUGUUGUUUGGGACAGAUGGUUCAACACAACCUAUCAUGAUAUUGAUAACUACAAAAACAAGCAGCAGGAAAUCACCGUUGCUAAGUACAGACAGUUCUUAAAGGAAAGAAAGGAAAGAAAUAAGAAAGAGUAA